AUGGAGAUGUUGUGUCAAAUUCAGUUGAAUAUUCCUUUGAUGGAUGCCUUGAGGGAGAUGCCAGGUUACGCAAAGAUGAUGAAAGACCUAAUGUCACGGAAGUUUGAUUUUCAGGAUCUAUCCACAGUGACUCUGACGCAGACCUGCAGCGCAGUAGUGACCAGACCAAUGGCUCAAAAGAUGUCCGACCCAAGUAGUUUCACUAUUCCUUGCACAAUUGGGAGUUACGCCUUUGCAAAGGCAUUAUGUGAUUUGGGAGCCAGCAUAAAUUUGAUGUCGUUGGCUGUAUACACCAAACUGGGCAUUGGCAGAGCUAGACCGACUUCGAUACUGCUGCAGCUGGCCGACCGCAUGGUAAAAAGACCUACUGGGAUUCUUGAUGAAGUAUUGGUGCAAGUGGGGAAGUUCGUGUUCCCUGCAGACUUUGUUAUUCUGGAUUGUCAGCAUUCCAUGAGGAGACCCAGUGAGUAUGCGAAUUGCUCUCUAGUGGAGGUAGUGGAUGUGAUCCUGCAAGAAGAUAAUGUGACCCUGACUGCUAAGGAUCCAUUGGAGGCAUGUCUAAUAAAUUUAAAAGAAAUGGAUGGUGAAGGGUUGGCUAGGUGGGUUAUGGCACUGGAAGGACAAGAAUUUUGGAAAAGGGAACCUCAGUUCGAGUCCCUUGAGUUAGAGAAAAGAGCUACACCCCCAGCAAAGCCAUCGGUAGAGGAACCACCCAAGUUGGAGCUGAAGCUACUCCCAGCUCACCUCAGAUAUGCAGGUAGAACAGCUCUUACAGUGGCUCUCCCGACCAAUGAUGCUAAGGGGGUACUAGGCUUUUUAAAGAAGAAUAUUUUCACGCGUUUUGGUACCCCAAGAGCUAUACUCAGUGAUGGCGGGACCCAUUUCUGCCAUAGAGCAUUCGCACGACUGCUGGAAAAAUAUGGAGUUCGGCAUAAGGUGACCACCCCGUACCACCCACAAUCAAGCGGGCAAGUUGAAGUGUUCAACAUGGAGAUUAAAAGUGUCCUUACAAAGACAGUGAAUGCAACAAGGACUGACUGGGUAAAGAAAUUGGAUGACACAUUGUGGGCAUACCGCACAGCCUUCAAAACCCCUAUUGGGAUGUCACCGUACAAGUUGGUGUUUGGUAAGGCAUGCCAUCUCCCAGUUGAGCUAGAGCAUAAAGCACUUUGGGCAUUGCGACAGUUGAACUUAGACAUGGAAACAACAGGCACUAACAGAGUCACAGGACUAUAUGAGCUCGAGGAAUUCAGUGGAGAUGUAGAGAUUGAAUCAGAAGAUAGGACAAACAAGUUCACAGUAAAUGGGCAAAGGUUGAAACAUUACCUUGGCAUGUCUGAUGAAAAAGGGGAUAGAGUGGUAAUCACUUUGGGAGAGCCCCAGUACGCGGAUGAGGAGUGA